AUGCAGUCCAACAAGACGUUCCAUGCUCACGAUGAGCGCUUCAAUGCCAUUCUGGGCACGGGGCCUACCAUAGAACUUCUGGUAGAGAAAGACUACCCUUUUGCCCAUGAGGCGGGGAUUUACGUUGCCGCGACAAGAGAGCUCUUCAUCACUAGCAACAAGUGCUCCAAUUCAGAUGGAACUCCCAUGAUUCAGAUUACCCGCGUUGGGCUGAGCAGUAACCAAGUCACUGCAGAGGAAAUCUCACCCGACAUCCCCAUGGGGAAUGGCGGGGUGAACUGGGGUCCCGAGCAUGCAUUGAUAUGCAGCCAAGGAACGAUGGACAAGCCCAGCGGACUAUACACGAUGUCAACUCAGGCGCCGUACACCUCUAAGCUGGUGAAAGGAGAUUUCUUCGGCCGACCCUUCAACUCCGUUAAUGAUGUUGUGGUUCACUCAGAUGGGUCGAUCUGGUUCACUGAUCCAACCUAUGGGUUUGAGCAAGGAUAUCGACCUAAACCUGCUUUGCCGAGUCAGGUCUAUCGUCUGAAACCUGAAGAUGGCAGCAUUAGAGUGGUGGCUGAUGGGUUUGGACAUCCGAAUGGAAUCUGUUUCUCCCCAGAUGAGAAGACGGUCUAUAUCACCGAUACCGAUAAGCAGAAUGGAGAUGGAACUAUUGAUGAUCGCAAGGCUUCUUCGAUUUAUGCCUUUGACCUGUCUAUCUAUCAUGGAGAACCGUUUCUCACAAACCGCAGGCUGUUUGCCGCGACUGAUGCUGGGAUUCCGGACGGUAUCAAGUGCGAUCUUGAUGGCAAUGUUUACAGUGGCUGUGGAGAUGGGAUUCACGUUUGGUCUCCUGGUGGUGUACUCUUGGGGCGGAUUCGAAUUGACGGAGGGGCUGCUAAUUUCUGUUUUGGAAAAGAAGGUGAGAUAUUUGCAUUGAACGAAUACAAAUUGUGGAGAGUGCAGCUCGGCGGUCAUGUCAAGGGUGCAUUGCUUGGUAUCUAA